AAUAUAUGACUAUAAGAAACAAUGGUUUCUAUUUGCUAACCUAUCAUUCACCACAUGAUGUUGCAUAAGGCCAUGGACAUAAAUGCGUUUGUAAGUCCAAAACUCCUCCUCCUUGGAUGGGAAAAAAAUCAAAUCGUCAUCGGCCAUUAUUACACCCGCGGAAGGUGCUGUGACGAGAAAGGAGAGAGCUUCCCCUCAACUAUAUUUUUGUGGACGGACUUAUCUGAGGAUACAUGAUCGAUACAGUUCAGUUCUUUUGUUGCAUCAACAAUGUAUAUUCGACGACAAAAGGAAUACGUCUGGAUACGCAUUGUUGUGUUUCUUUGUCUUUGUGACUGGUCUGCUUCGCAGUUAUCCUACUCGAUUUCAGAGGAGGUGAACAAAGGCACCGUAGUAGGGAAUAUUGCAAAGGAUUUAAACCUCAACAUACAGGAACUAGAUACCAGGGAUCUACGUAUUGUUUCGAGUUACACUAAGAAAUAUUUUGACGUGAAUUUGCGGACCGGGAACAUCUUUGUGGACGAGAGGAUAGACAGAGAAGAGAUUUGUCCUAAUGUGGUAAAAUGCUCCAUCAAAAUACAAGCCGUUUUAAACAAUCCUAUGACUGCACAACGCGUAGAGGUUAAUGUUUUAGAUAUAAACGACAAUUCGCCUGCUUUUAUUGAAAAAACGCAUACUUUGAAUAUUUCAGAAUCAUCGUUGACUGGAGAACGAUAUCUUCUCCCAAUAGCGGUGGACGCAGACAUAGGCAGCAACUCAGUGAAGACUUACAAGCUGAGCCAAAAUGAAUAUUUCUCGGUUGAUGUGCAGAGCGGAGGAGAACACGGUGUGUCUGCUGAGUUAGUGCUUCAGAAAGCUUUAGAUCGAGAGAAGCAGCCGGUGAUCACACUUCUCUUUACGGCUAUAGAUGGAGGUAAACCGCCUCGAUCGGGUUCAUUACAAAUACAUGUUAAUGUAUUAGAUGUUAAUGAUAAUAUUCCCAUUUUUAGCAAAUCGCUGUAUAAAGUGCGUGUAUCUGAAAAUACUGCACAUGGCGCAGUGGUAAUAAAGUUAAAUGCUACAGAUUUAGAUGAGGGCAUGAACAGUAAGAUUCUGUAUUCAUUUAUCAAACGAGGAAAUACGGAUCCAUCAAAUAUGUUUGAUCUAAAUUCAGAAACAGGAGAAAUCACCGUGAAGGGCUAAUUAGAUUAUGAAGACACGUCUGCUUAUGAGGUUAGAGUCCAAGCAACGGAUCAAGGCACCUCUCCUCGUAGUGCACAUGCUAAACUGCUGAUAGAGAUAAUUGAUGUAAAUGACAAUGCCCCAGAAAUAUCGGUGACGUCACUCAUGACGCCAGUAAAAGAAGAUGCGGAACUGGGGACAAUAGUAGCUUUGGUUACAGUGAGUGAUACAGAUGGAGGAAACAAUGGUGUAACUAACUGUAAGGUAGUUGGGUCUGCUCCCUUUAAACUGAAGUCCAACUACAAAAAUGACUAUUCAUUAGUAGUAAAUGGAGCACUAGACAGAGAAAAAACUUCUCUGUAUAAUGUCACAAUUACAGCCACAGAUGAAGGGAGCCCACCUCUGUCCAGUAUCAGGGUCAUUACUGUUGAGGUUUCCGAUGUCAAUGAUAAUGCACCUAGAUUUAUGGAGCCUGUGAUUAAUGUUUAUGUGAAAGAAAAUAGUGCAAUAGGCUCC